AUGUCAAAACGACGUCAACAACAAUACCACACAAAUUGUGAUCACAAUGAAGAGCACCAUCAUCCUCUUCAAAUUCAUGGACUUUCAGAACUUCCCCUUCACUCUCUCCAAAUUAUUUUCAAUCUUCCCAUCCUCACUUCCGUUUUCGGAAUUCAUGGCAUUGUUUUAUAUCCCUUCAUCUUAUUUGCUUUACCAAAGGAAAAUAUGUAUCAAGAACUCAUUCAACAUGAAUUUAUUCAUGCCCGACAAAUCAAACGAGAUGGGUUUUUCUACUUUUAUUUGAGAUAUGCGUUGGAAGUUGGAAAUGGAAUUUUACGGAAUUGUUAUUCAAUGUUGAGUACAAUGAUUAUUUCAUCAUCAUCAUCAUCAUGGUUUUCUAUAUUUGAUCAAAAAGAAGAAACAAUAACCACUAGUAAUAGUACUACUACUGAUCGAUCUAGAUCAACCAUCAUGAUACGGAAUAAGAUUAUUAUUGAGGAUAUUCAUCCUAAUGAGAAAAACGGAUGUUUGGGUUCAUUGAUCAAAGGCUUGAAUCGAAUCAUGACAAGAGUGAGUUAUGAAAAAGAAGCCUAUUCAUUGGAGCAUAUUGAGCUCUAUGAAUCGGAAAAGGCUUAUUUGAAGGAACAUUUUGAUGGAUUGAAUAUGGAUGAAUUGAUGAGUGAGAUGAAGUACUACUUUUCUACAAGUCUUUUGAAUCAAGUCGAAAAGAAGGACAUGAAGAGCACUGAAAAGAAGGACAUGAACACUGAUACCAACCCAAUGGACGCUGAAAAUCAAAACAAAACUCAAGAAAGAAUGAACAUUUUCUCCAAACAAAGUGAGAAAGACAAGAAAGCAAACAUUCCAGAAUCAGAGUUUCCCAUUGAGUCACCCAUUGAAAGAGAUGAAAUUCACGUCGAAAAGCUCAAUCAAAAUACGAUCAAUCAACUAAAGACCGAACAUGGAGGUGAAAAAAGUGCUCCAGGAGUUCAAAAAGGACGAGAAGGAAGUGAAGAACUCCAUGUCAAUCCAUAA